AUGGCCACGGCUAGCGCGAGGGCUCAGAAGCCCGUAGGCUCGGCCGCAUGGAUCGCAGCAGAGAAAGAAAAUAUGGCCGAUCUGGUGGAACAAGAGAUGGAAGAGGUUGAAUACCCUGUUCGUCAUGAAAUGGACUGGUUGAAUGAACAUAUGGCGGACAUCUUCUCCAAAGGACAUACAAACUUCACCGAUGUAUUCAAGACACCAGGUAAAAUGAGAGGCAAGACCCCUCGAACAGCACGGAAACGAAAUGUCGAAGAAAACAGAGUGCCUUUGAGCGAAAUAUUCUCUUCUGCUCAAAAACAAGUGGAGAACAAACCAAGUCCGAGUCCAUUUGUUCAUCGUGUGAUCUCCAAAACCGCCAAUGCGGCACCCGCUUCGCCUCGUCCCAAGGGCGCAGAGAAGGGGCAGCCCCAAUAUCCGGAUCUCACUCAAAAUCUCAAUUCAUUCCAAAAAUACAACACAGACUCCGGCUACCAUGGCAUGGAAGAUGACGAUGAGGUGGCUUUACCGGACACACAACCAGAUACCCAGGUGUCCACACAACCAAUGGAGGUGGACGAGCCGGCGGCUUUGGACUCACAGGAUGAUGUUUUAAUGAGCCAGCCGACACCGACAGCGGAGGACUCCUUCCAUUCCGCCCAAGAGAAUGUACGCGCGCGCGGGGAGACCAUCGAACCCGUGAACAUCGACCCAACUCCUACGAAUGAGCAAACUGCGACGCCAACAAAGAGAACGUCUAAAGAGGCGGUAUCAAAGCCUGACUCCGAACCCGAAUUUGCCUCCACGCCUACAUCCAAGACUAAGCCUCAAACUAAGGCAAUGAACAAGCAGAAACAAAUUAAGAAGCCCGCAGCUUCGCCAGAACCUGAGCCACAAUAUGAGUCGCCAGCUAAGCCUGAGUCCUCACCUGAAAGACCGGCCACUAUCCAGCGGUCUAUGUCUCAGGAUUAUGAAGAUCAGACAAUGGAUGUUGACGAGAAGUCCAAGGAUGAAGAUACAGUGCUGGACAACUUUGAUGAUAUUGGAUCUCCUUCCGAUAAUUCCACUCCCGAACGUCUACCUGUUCGUAAGAGUAGUCUCAGUUUUGCCUCUCUGCCAGCUCGAGAGCCACUCACAAAGAGUAUUGGAGGCUCACGAAUUUCUCGUACAAGUCAUAUCGAUCUUCCUAGGCUAAACAGCGGUGGACGACUCAGCUACUUGGGCAGACAGACUGGAAGCCAGAAAAUUACACAGGUCGCAUCUGAAGAGAACGCUCGAAGUUCCAAUUCUAUGGCUGUCGAUGACGAGAAGGACGCCAUCGACAAUCUGGAUGCAGAGCAGGCUACCAAAAUGCAUAGCACAAAAUUCACCCAAAGCCUUCAUGAUCGAAUCAGCAUGCUUGGCAAGGCCCAGCCAUCACGAGCCAAGAAGUCGAUUGCAGCAUCGGCUGUGGGGUCCGCUAACCAGGUCGCUUACCCAGAACUACCUACUACUGCCAAAUCCGAUAACAACACUGAACAGUCUGGACCCAAGACUCGUCAAACUCCCCCGACUUCGGAUCCGACGGCCGCUGAGGAUGACUGGAUUCCCCAAAGACCAAAUCUUCAGAAGAGCAGGACUGCAGAUGUGAUGGAAAAUCUCAGCAGUUCAACGGGUGCAGCAGAGACCAAGAAGAUUUCUCCUGCUGCUCAAGAGCAACACUUAACUGAGCCGGAACGCCCCAAAUCAUCAUACUCCAUAUUUUCUUCGCCUCGUCCUCAGGACCACCAGCAAAGUGCUUCUGCAUCAAAUAUCCACGCAGAUGUCUCAACUACCCCCACUGGAUCGCCCCGACGCUAUGAUGGUCCUCUCAGUGCUUCAAAGAUGAGGUUACAGUCAAUCAUGAAGAGCGCCAAGGGACUGUUCACAAGUACAGGCAGCUCUGCCAGGGUUGAGUUAUCAUCCCCUGAGCAACCACGCGUCCAGCCCAAGGAACGGGCGAGUGCAGAGAAUGAUGACGCUGAAGCCGAUUCUCGCCGGCCCAAAUCUCGCCAGAUGCUCAGUCCCCCGCGACAGGAAGGACGACGAACUCGCAGUUCCACAGAGAGAGCGGAGAAGCAGCGCCGAAAGGAGCUGGAGGAGGAGCAACAGUGCGAAGAGGAAAAGGCACGGGAGCAGGAAAGACAGCGUGCCAUCCAGUUAAAGGCUGCCCAGGAUAAAUCAUCCGUCGAACCAGAAGAACGAACAUCCUACAAAACCUCACAGUCACUCAGACAACCAAGCCGGGAGCCCGAAUCUACCCAGGAUAGCUCUAGGAUUGCGAUGUCACAAUCAAAGCAGAAUGAUCGGCGUCCUAAGCCAACUCGUGAGCCUAUGCAAAAGCCAAAGCCACAGCCUGUGUCCGUUCGUGUUGGCAGUACUCUUUCCCGAGGCAUGACAAUGAAUUCUGCCAACGUGCAGGAUGCUCCACCACCCUCGGCCUCGAAGCCAAAUAUUUUGAAAAAGAAGGCCAGCAAUAACUCUCUCCACACCGCCUCGUCGGCAAGCAGCUUCAAGAGCUCGGUUUCAAGUCAGACCCAAGCGCAGCGAAAGGCUCAGCUGGCCAGCGAGAGAAAGCGAGAACAGGAGGAGAGGAAGCGGGAACAAGAGGAAAGAAAGCGAGAACAGGAAGAACGCGAGGCCCGCAGAAAAGAGGAGCUAAGACGGGAACAAGAGCAGAGGCGAGCGUUGCAGGUACAGCAGCAAGAAGAAGCUCGCCGGCAGGCUGAGAGUCGUGCUGAGGCUGAGCGAGAACGCCGAGCCCAGUCGGUCCAAGAUGACUCCAAGAAAGCCGCGAAUAAGCAGGCAAUUGAGAACUGGCGAAUGGAGAAUGCUAGGAGGCAAGAACCAGGCUCCGCCCGACCUGCUUCACGUUUGGGCUCUAUGCAACCUUUCGGUCGAUCUAUAAAUCCCCCAGUCGCGAAUCCCGCCAAGCCGCCGAAGCGAGUGCUGGAUGAUGAUGCAGGUCACCGGGCAACAGUUGCCAAGCCCAGCAAUGUACAGCCUUCCGGUGAAGCAAAGCGAAGAAAGACUGAGGAUGAGCACAACCCAAUGCAGCCUGUGCGGCCAGCCAUGGCUCGCCCGAUCCGUCAACCCAGUACUACUAUUCGCAAGCCUUCCCUGUUUGGUCAAUCCAGCAUGCAGUCUGGUUCUUCUAUGUUGAAGGCUGGUCAACCCCAGAGGCCUGGACCCAGUCACCCGAUCGACAUGUCCAAGUUGGCUCAUGGUAAGAUUCCUUUCGCUGAGCCCAACCACGCGCCGCCGCCGGCGGCACACAGAGCGCCUGCUCCCGCCUCCACGCAUCGUACUCCCGGUCCAGCCAAGCCAUCUCCCAAGUACCCCAACGGUGAGAACAUCCAUUUGCCUGAGAUCGCCACGGACAGCGAAGACGAGGACGACUCGGACUCCGAGAUGUUCCCUGUGCCUAAGUGGGCCCAGCCUAAGGAAUUGGAGGGACUGCUCCGUCAGCAAGAUGGAAUGGAAGUCGAUUCUAUCUUUGGGCCUAUUGCACCGUUCUCGUUGGAGGAAACCUUCAAGGCGGAUAAGAAGAUCAAGAAAUUCCGCGAGCGAACCAGCAGUGCCAACUGGUCCGGUCCGGACGGACUCACACAAGAGGAGAUCCGACGAGACGUUGCCGAUCGACAGCGUUUGCGUCUCAAUGGUGGAUGGUCCUUCAAUCCAUAA